AUGAAUCCCUCAAUAUCGUUCAAAGCCCUAAAGUGGGAAGAUAUCUAUCCCUCCUGCCUUUGGCAUAUUUGGCUUAACCGCAAUAACAACAACAUUAACAAUAUUUCCAAUGGAGUCUCAAUCAUCACGACUCUUAACAAAGCCGCUGAAUUCAAGUACCUCACUGGUUACAAUCAUCCACCCUUAAAUAUCAUUACUAUCCCUAUUAGAUGGCAAAAUCCCUCUAGGGAUUCUUUUAAGCUUAACUGCGACAGUGCUUAUACCAAUAAUACCAACACUGGAGGUUUGGGAGGAGUCAUACGAAACAACAAUGGCAAAUGGAUAGUGGGGUACCAAAAACUGACUAAUGUCAUUAGCAACACACAUGCUGAACUCCUUGCACUAGAAACAGGUCUAAGAGUUGCAGUCCAAUUCAAGCUUCAUCCAAUCGAAAUAGAAACGGAUUCCACAAAGGUAAUAUCUCUUUUUGACAAAGAUCACCAAAUUUAUGAUCAUCUUAUCUCCUCAUGCAGGUGGUUAAUGACACAAUUGGGGACACCAUUGCUCAGAUAUAGCUUCCGAGAAGCAAAUUCAGUAGCUCAUCUUUUGGCUAAGGAUAGUAAGAAAUUAAAGUCCAUAAAUAAAACAAUCAUCCAUCAUACACCUACCCAGCCGGUGGAAGUAGCUUUGAAGGAUGAUGCUGUUGGAAGACAGUACUUUAGGUUAAUAUCGGAAGAAGUUUGUAAUAGAUUGGCUAGUAUGGGGAACAUUAAUGCUGUUCAAAACUCUAGUACUUUUGUAAAAUCUCUCAGUUUCGAUCCCAAUGGGAUAGCUGGGAGAGUCCUAUGCAGGUCCAUUGCGGCUUGUGAGGUGCUAGACAAUGCUGGUUACAACAACAUUUCUGGGUUCAAGGUGGUUUAG